AUGAUUGGAAUUUUAAAUACUUUAUUUGUUCCUAAGACUUUAAAUUAUGGAGCGAUAAGAGCCAAAUCUAUGUUUCACAAAGUCUUUGUCUACGGUACCUUGAAACAAAAUGAACCAAACCACCAUUGGCUAACUAAUAAGGAAAAUGGGGAAAGCAGUUUUCAUGCGUAUGGCGCUACUGUCACCAAAUAUCCCCUGAUUAUAGCCACCCGAUAUAACAUACCAUUCCUAUUGAAAGACCCUGGCAAUGGGCACUUCGUUAAAGGUGAAGUGUACAACGUAGAUGAAGACAUGCUGGGCCGGCUGGACCUUUUGGAGGAUCAUCCAAAUUAUUAUGAGAGAGAACAAGAUGACAUCCUAAUUGUAAAGGAGAAUUCUUUCAGCGGUCAAGCUACGGAGCAACAUGAAAGAUGCUGGGUCUACUUCCUGAGGAAAUUUAAACCGGAGCUUUUGAAAUAUCCAAUGCUGGACUCCUACACAUCCGGAGGCCCUCAUGGAAAGCAGUACCUGGAAAGCGGGAAUGAAUCGACUAUAGCAGAUCUAAAUGACGUUUUUGUAAAAAAAUAG